UUGUGCCCCAUCGUUCCAUCUCUAACACGUUCCAUCCUAACAGCGCUAUGUUAAUUAACUCAAAUGGAAUUUAAAGUUCAAUGCAAACGAAAACGUAGUCACUUUAAAAAUAACGAUGCAGCUCCCUUACCAUUGCCCGAAGAAGGACUCCAAUAUGAAGGUGUCUUCACAGGACUCAGUGUCGAUGUAACACAACCUGAUCAAGUCAAGUCACUGUACGACAAUGGCUGCUUUGGUAAGGGCAGCAAGUCGAGAGGCGGCCCGGAAUCGGGAGAUCCAGAUGAAUCCUUGCGCCUGGGGCUCGAGGAAGCUUGCUUUUUGGCUUACUUCCUGAAUGUACUACAAAUAAAGGAUCUCGAAGGAAAGGUUAUUGAAUGGAACGAUUUUCUAAACUUUUCCCGCGAGCUGAAUGAAAGAUUUAUGGAACACUUGGCAGCAUAUGUUUAUCUCAAGUCGAAGUAUUGGGUAAUCAAAAGUGGAAUCAAAUUUGGCGGAGAUUUUCUUAUAUACAAGCAAAGUCCGCGGCAUUUCCAUGCCAGUUUUUUAGUCUUGAUACAAAGACCCAAUGAGAAGAAUCACUUUUUGGCCAAAAACCUAAAAGGAGUGCAACGUGUGGCAGAAACUUCAGACAAAGAUGUGCUUCUGCUCUCCAUUGAACAGUCUACAGAUGGCGAAAGCAAAACCCCUGAAAACCCUUCCGAGGCUAUAGAAGAUAUGUGUAUCCAGGAGACUGUUGUACGUCGUUUUAACUAUUCAUCAUUUGUGCAAAGCAAAAGGCAAAAGAAAAACAAUUGAUUAUAUCUAUAUAGAUUAUGACUAGA